UAUAAUUUUACUCCACCACCAUGUACGCUGCUACAAAAUUAGUUGGUGAUAAUGAUCAUAAUCAUCAAUCUCACGAACAAAUGAUAGAGAUUAAAGAGCUACUUAAGAUGUUGGCAGAGUCUCAAGCUAAGCUAGUGGAAACCCAAGCAAAACAAGCAGAAUUGCAAGCUGACCAAGAAAAAUCUCAAGCUAAAUUAGCAGAAACACAAGCAAAUAUUCAACAACAAAUCAUAGAUAUUUUACGUCCAAGCACUAAUGAUACCGCUGGUAAUAAUAAUCACCAUACACAACAACAAGAUACUGCCAACAAUGCUAGACAAGAGAUCACGCAUGUUCUUAACGUUAAUAAUGAUGGUGAGCAGAAGGAUGGUUGCCGGGCAACAUUUGUUUUUGGAAAAAACAACCACAUAUUCGAAGCACUAAGGGACCGUGACUUGGAAAAGGCCAAGGAGUAUCUUAAGAAAAAUCCCGAAGUGAUCAAUGAGGCCAUCUGUGAAGACUUAUCUACAAUAUUGCAUAAGGCUGUAUAUUUGAACAUCGAGAUAACGUUCUUAAAGGAGAUUGUAGAACUUAUGAAACCGGACAUACUUGAAUAUAAAACAAACUUUCAUUGUGGUGGUGACAAUGCAGUUCAUAUUGCUGCCUUUCGUGGAUAUACCCAAGCUGUUGUCACUAUGGUAAGUAAGAAUUCUAAGUUGGCUCAGAUACGUAAUGACGAUGGAUAUACACCACUAGAAAUAGCCCUGCUUUACGUUACACCUGGACAGAAGGCGAUAGUUGAGUUCCUUUACUCCGUAACGAAAGACGUGGAUCCUAGUCCGUUUUCAGGUAGUGAUGGUGCCAAGUUGCUAUGGUACGCAAUUGAUGCUGAUUUCUAUGGUAGGUAA